AUGGAGAACCACUCUAAACACGUUCACGAUAUUGCGUUAGAUGUCCGACAGUUCUUUGCGAUUGGAGAAUCGUAUCGCGUCUUCCACGGCUCCUCCAAUAGCACUCGCCCUCGGCACGGAGCACAGCAAAACGUGGUCGACAUCAGCAUGCUGCGCAAUGUACUGCAAGUGGAUGCGGAGAACCACGUCGCCCUGAUAGAGCCCAAUGUUCCCAUGGAUCGUCUCGUCGAGGCAACUCUCGUCCAUGGCCUCGUGCCUCCUGUGGUGAUGGAGUUCCCAGGCAUUACGGCCGGGGGAGGGUUUUCCGGAACAUCCGGGGAAAGCAGCUCAUUCCGCCAUGGGUUUUUCAACGACACUGUCAACUCUGUGGAGAUGAUUCUCGGGAAUGGAGAUGUCGUGUGGGCAUCUCGCCAAGAGCGACAGGACCUCUUUCACGGAGCUGCAGGGGCGGCUGGCACCCUUGGUAUCGUGACCCUCAUGGAAAUCCGUCUUGUCGAGGCCAAGAAGCUGGUCAAGACAACAUAUGAAAAAGUCACUAGGGUUUCAGACGCCGUUGCAGAGGUUCAGUCACAAACGGAAAACCCCAAUGUCGAUCAUGUGGAUGCCAUCAUGUUUUCCAAGGAGCACGGCGUUAUCAUUACUGGCCAGUUGACCGAUACAAUGCCUGUCGGAGGCACUCUGCGGACUUUUAGCAAUGCUCACGAUCCGUGGUUCUACAUGCACGUUUCCGAUAAAACCAGAGAUCUGGCGUUAGCAGCCACCAUCGUCGAGUACAUUCCCUUGGGCGAAUAUCUCUUCCGGUAUGAUAGAGCUGCCUUUUGGGUUGGCCGACAAGGCUACGCCUAUUUCAAAGUGAUCCCAUUCACCAAGUUCUUCCGCUGGCUGCUUGACGAUUACUCUCACACCCGAACACUCUAUCAUGCGCUGCAUGCAAGUGGGGUUUCGUCACAGUUCGUGGUUCAGGAUCUUGCCUUGCCGUAUGAGACAGCCGACGGUUUCAUAGACUGGGCUGACCGAGGAUUAGGCAUUUGGCCCCUCUGGUUAUGUCCUCUUCGGAAAUGCCCACUCCCAUCUUUUCACCCCGCCACCAGGCCACAGCGGUCAGUGGGCGGAGAGAAAGAACCAUCCGGGACAGCCAACAUGUCACAGCCGAUGCUGAACAUUGGGGUUUGGGGGUGGGGCCCUCGAGAAUACGAGACCUUUGUCGCUAAAAACCGCCAGCUGGAGAGCACUUUGAAGGCUCUGGGUGGCCGCAAGUGGCUCUAUGCUCACACGUACUACACCGAUGAUGAGUUCUGGGCCGAGUAUGAUCGGCCGUGGUACGAAGCCCUGAGAGAAAAGUACUUUGCUGCGACUCUGCCAACCAUAUAUGACAAGGUGAAGGUCGAGCCCCAAGCUAGAUGGAAGAAUCCCAACCAGUGGAGCAAAUCUUGGCUGAGCACGUGGCCUAUUGGAGGGCUGUAUGGUAUGAUUCUAGCUACCCUCUCUGGGGAUAUUGGCAUUCAUCGCCGGGCGACGUGGAGAUACAAGGGGGAGUAG